CAUUUGCAUAACAAAUAAUUCCAGUUCAGCACCGCAAAUUCUCACAUAUCUCUUUCACUCCUUCAAGAAUACUCUCAAUCUACCUCUUUCGCCUGGUUCAAUCACAGUUUAAGCACCAUCAAGCCCACCAAAUAUCCAUUAUCACCAAUAUAAGAUGUCCUUCCCCUCCUCGGCCACUUCCUCUCUCUUUGUCUCCAGCAAGAAAAUUCUCAUAAUCGGCGCCGGAAUCUCAGGUCUCUCGUUCGCCGCCUCCCUCCAAAAGCUCCUGCCAACAAUCUGCUCGCCCACUUUCACCCCUCCAACCCUAAAAAUCUACGAACGAGACACCUCCGACCUACAACCCACACGCCAAGGCUAUAGCCUCUCCAUACGCUCAGACGCAAGUACCGGCGGCGUGCAAACCUUACAGAAACUCGGACUCCUAGAGAUAGCGAUUGGGGAAAGCAUCACGGGUUACCAGGGCAAGGAGAAAGGAACAUUCUGUCUUUGGGAUGGCAAGUGGAACGAGAUUUUCAGGGCCGAUAUGCCGGCGCCGAAGGGGUUGCCGGUGCAGAGUUUGAGGAUUAAGAGGAAUGUGUUGAGGAAGAUUCUUGUUGAUGCUGUGGUUGAGAAGGGUGCGGAGAUUGUGUGGGAGAAGAAGGUUGUCGGUGUGGAGAAGUUGGAGGAUGAGAGGUUGAAGGUGGUGUUUGCAGGUGGAGAGGAAGAGGAAUGCGAUUUCUUAGUUGCUGCUGAUGGGUCGAAGAGCAAGGUGCGAGGGGCAUUAAGACCAGAAGAUGAGCUGCAGUUUCGGGGGGUUGUUGGUAUUAUGGGGGAGGCGAGGUUCGCUGAUGAGCCGCCUGCUCCGGCAAAUAGGGACUGGGGGUUGAUGCUUUCUGGCACGGGGACUGGAUUGUUUGUUGGUCCUGUUGAUGAGCGUUCUGUUGUGUGGUCUGUUACCUGGCUUGCUUCUGAACCUGCGGCGCUGUCGAAGCAGCCGAUAGGAGAACGUGAGGCACAUGAAUUGUUGAAGGGGGCGCUGGAGCGUGGGAAGGCGUUUCCAGAACCGUUCACAAAGUAUGUUGAGGCGACGGACAUGGAGACGCUGAUGUUGCGUAACUUUUCGGACAAGGCGCCAUUCGAGCAUUUUGCGGGGUCGCUGAAGGGAACAAAUGUAGUAUUUCUCGGAGACGCAAACCAUGCUGUUACACCGUUUGCUGGAGCCGGUGCUUGUCUGGCGUUGAGUGAUGGGUGGGAUCUGGCUGAGCAACUGGUGAAGCAUGAGAAGUUCGAGGAUGCUUUAAAGGCUUAUGAUGAGUUGAGUAUUCCCAGGGCUAAAAAUGUCUUGAGAAUGUCUCACUUCACGAUUAAGUUUGGGCAUGGGAAAGGCUGGUGGACACGGGUGUUCGUGAUUGGAUUCAAGAUCCUUUUCGGAGUGAUGGCGUUCUUGAGGAGAUUUCGUUGAGCGUGAUACGGCAGAAUGGCAGGCUGAUACUUGGAAACUCCCUUCUCACUACUUUUGAUAAGAAGAAUAAAACCCAUCUCACAAGGUAGUAGGAUAUUUUCACAGUGGUGAACCAGUUAGAGAAUGAAAUAUGAAAAGGAC